AGACCAGCUUGCUUGUGGCAGUAGAUUCAGUCAAUCAGCUUUGUUGGACUGCCUGAAGGCAGAAGACUAAAUUCUUCAUCUAUUAUCAUCAAUUCUUCCUUUAUAACACACCCGAAAGCGCCAGAUAUUGGAUCUGAUCAAUUACACAAGACUCUGCGUUGCUAAAUGCAGGGCAUGGCAAUGCCAGCCUUUGCACAAACGAACGUGCCCAUAUUCCGUGCGCGCAUGGACCCUUCUUCUUGCCGUUUUACAAUUCAUUCUUGUCAUGUAUAUUCUUUAAAGAAGGCAUCGCUUCGUAUCUCACCACAUCAACAAGGCUACAAUGUUCGACAGAGGUGGGCAGGGACAGAGCUGAGACAGACCUGCAGCAAUGGCACGAGGUGGAGGGCAGUGCAAUGGCUGGAAAAUAGCGCAGAGCAGGAGGUUGCCAUCCCUGUCGAGAAGGCCUUUGAGAUGUGGGAGGACAGGGAACGGAUCCCCCAAUGGAUGCCCUGGAUCACAAGCGUGACGGUAUUGCCGGAAGAUCCCAGGUUGUCACGGUGGACGCUGUCAACGCAGCAGUUUGGACGCAACUGGGAAUUCAGCUGGCUCGCGCAGAACCUGACGCCCACCAAGCUGCAGAAGAUCCACUGGCGCUCUGUGCAGGGCUCCACUGGUGGGAGCUUGGGCAGCGGCAUUGAUAUUGCAAACAGAGGCCAGAUCCGAUUCUACAGGAAGACGCCAACUUCCUGCUCUGUCAAGCUCACCAUCUCUUAUGAGGUCCCCGAUGUGCUAGCACCCUUUGCUGGAGCGCUGACGCCGAUAGUGGAGUCCAUCUUGAGCAAUGAUCUGAAGCGUUUUGCUGAGCUUGCACCCAGGCAGGCUUGA